GUUGGACCAACUGGACUGUUGGUCAAUUGGACCGGCUGGACCAACUGGACUGUUGGUCAAUUGGACCGGCUGGACCAACUGGCCUGUUGGUCAAUUGGACCGGUUGGACCAACUGGACUGUUGGUCAAUCGGACCGGCUGGACCAACUGGCCUGUUGGUCAAUUGGACCGGCUGGACCAACUGGCCUGUUGGUCAAUUGGACCGGCUGGACCAACUGGCCUGUUGGUCAAUUGGACCGGCUGGACCAACUGGCCUGUUGGUCAAUUGGACCGGUUGGACCAACUGGACUGUUGGUCAAUUGGACCGGCUGGACCAACUGGCCUGUUGGUCAAUUGGACCGGCUGGACCAACUGGCCUGUUGGUCAAUUGGACCGGUUGGACCAACUGGACUGUUGGUCAAUCGGACCGGCUGGACCAACUGGCCUGUUGGUCAAUUGGACCGGCUGGACCAACUGGCCUGUUGGUCAAUUGGACCGGUUGGACCAACUGGACUGUUGGUCAAUUGGACCGGCUGGACCAACUGGCCUGUUGGUCAAUUGGACCGGCUGGACCAACUGGACUGUUGGUCAAUUGGACCGGCUGGACCAACUGGACUGUUGGUCAAUUGGACCGGCUGGACCAACUGGACUGUUGGUCAAUUGGACCGGCUGGACCAACUGGCCUGUUGGUCAAUUGGACCGGUUGGACCAACUGGCCUGUUGGUCAAUCGGACCGGCUGGACCAACUGGCCUGUUGGUCAAUUGGACCGGCUGGACCAACUGGCCUGUUGGUCAAUGGACCGGCUGGACCAACUGGCCUGUUGGUCAAUUGGACCGGUUGGACCAACUGGCCUGUUGGUCAAUCGGACCGGCUGGACCAACUGGCCUGUUGGUCAAUUGGACCGGCUGGACCAACUGGCCUGUUGGUCAAUUGGACCGGCUGGACCAACUGGCCUGUUGGUCAAUUGGACCGGCUGGACCAACUGGACUGUUGGUCAAUCGGACCGGCUGGACCAACUGGCCUGUUGGUCAAUUGGACCGGCUGGACCAACUGGCCUGUUGGUCAAUUGGACCGGCUGGACCAACUGGCCUGUUGGUCAAUCGGACCGGCUGGACCAACUGGCCUGUUGGUCAAUUGGACCGGCUGGACCAACUGGCCUGUUGGUCAAUUGGACCGGUUGGACCAACUGGCCUGUUGGUCAAUUGGACCGGCUGGACCAACUGGCCUGUUGGUCAAUCGGACCGGUUGGACCAACUGGACUGUUGGUCAAUUGGACCGGUUGGACCAACUGGACUGUUGGUCAAUUGGACCGGCUGGACCAACUGGCCUGUUGGUCAAUUGGACCGGUUGGACCAACUGGACUGUUGGUCAAUCGGACCGGCUGGACCAACUGGCCUGUUGGUCAAUUGGACCGGCUGGACCAACUGGCCUGUUGGUCAAUUGGACCGGCUGGACCAACUGGCCUGUUGGUCAAUUGGACCGGCUGGACCAACUGGCCUGUUGGUCAAUUGGACCGGUUGGACCAACUGGACUGUUGGUCAAUUGGACCGGCUGGACCAACUGGCCUGUUGGUCAAUUGGACCGGCUGGACCAACUGGCCUGUUGGUCAAUUGGACCGGCUGGACCAACUGGCCUGUUGGUCAAUUGGACCGGCUGGACCAACUGGCUGUUGGUCAAUUGGACCGGCUGGACCAACUGGCCUGUUGGUCAAUUGGACCGGCUGGACCAACUGGCCUGUUGGUCAAUUGGACCGGCUGGACCAACUGGCCUGUUGGUCAAUUGGACCGGUUGGACCAACUGGACCUGUUGGUCAAUUGGACCGGCUGGACCAACUGGCCUGUUGGUCAAUUGGACCGGCUGGACCAACUGGCCUGUUGGUCAAUUGGACCGGCUGGACCAACUGGACUGUUGGUCAAUUGGACCGGCUGGACCAACUGGACUGUUGGUCAAUUGGACCGGCUGGACCAACUGGCCUGUUGGUCAAUUGGACCGGCUGGACCAACUGGCCUGUUGGUCAAUUGGACCGGCUGGACCAACUGGCCUGUUGGUCAAUUGGACCGGCUGGACCAACUGGCCUGUUGGUCAAUUGGACCGGCUGGACCAACUGGCCUGUUGGUCAAUUGGACCGGCUGGACCAACUGGCCUGUUGGUCAAUUGGACCGGCUGGACCAACUGGCCUGUUGGUCAAUUGGACCGGCUGGACCAACUGGCCUGUUGGUCAAACCGGCUGGACCAACUGGCCUGUUGGUCAAUUGGACCGGCUGGACCAACUGGCCUGUUGGUCAAUUGGACCGGCUGGACCAACUGGCCUGUUGGUCAAUUGGACCGGCUGGACCAACUGGCCUGUUGGUCAAUUGGACCGGCUGGACCAACUGACUGUUGGUCAAUGGACCGGCUGGACCAACUGGCCUGUUGGUCAAUUGGACCGGCUGGACCAACUGGCCUGUUGGUCAAUUGGACCGGCUGGACCAACUGGCCUGUUGGUCAAUCGGACCGGCUGGACCAACUGGCCUGUUGGUCAAUUGGACCGGCUGGACCAACUGGCCUGUUGGUCAAUUGGACCGGCUGGACCAACUGGCCUGUUGGUCAAUCGGACCGGCUGGACCAACUGGCCUGUUGGUCAAUUGGACCGGUUGGACCAACUGGCCUGUUGGUCAAUUGGACCGGCUGGACCAACUGGCCUGUUGGUCAAUUGGACCGGUUGGACCAACUGGCCUGUUGGUCAAUUGGACCGGCUGGACCAACUGGACUGUUGGUCAAUCGGACCGGCUGGACCAACUGGCCUGUUGGUCAAUUGGACCGGCUGGACCAACUGGCCUGUUGGUCAAUUGGACCGGCUGGACCAACUGGCCUGUUGGUCAAUUGGACCGGCUGGACCAACUGGCCUGUUGGUCAAUUGGACCGGCUGGACCAACUGGCCUGUUGGUCAAUUGGACCGGCUGGACCAACUGGCCUGUUGGUCAAUUGGACCGGCUGGACCAACUGGCCUGUUGGUCAAUUGGACCGGUUGGACCAACUGGACUGUUGGUCAAUUGGACCGGCUGGACCAACUGGCCUGUUGGUCAAUUGGACCGGCUGGACCAACUGGCCUGUUGGUCAAUUGGACCGGUUGGACCAACUGGACUGUUGGUCAAUUGGACCGGCUGGACCAACUGGACUGUUGGUCAAUUGGACCGGCUGGACCAACUGGCCUGUUGGUCAAUUGGACCGGCUGGACCAACUGGCCUGUUGGUCAAUUGGACCGGCUGGACCAACUGGCCUGUUGGUCAAUUGGACCGGCUGGACCAACUGGCCUGUUGGUCAAUUGGACCGGCUGGACCAACUGGCCUGUUGGUCAAUUGGACCGGCUGGACCAACUGGCCUGUUGGUCAAUUGGACCGGCUGGACCAACUGGCCUGUUGGUCAAUUGGACCGGCUGGACCAACUGGCCUGUUGGUCAAUUGGACCGGCUGGACCAACUGGCCUGUUGGUCAAUUGGACCGGCUGGACCAACUGGACUGUUGGUCAAUUGGACCGGCUGGACCAACUGGACUGUUGGUCAAUUGGACCGGCUGGACCAACUGGCCUGUUGGUCAAUUGGACCGGCUGGACCAACUGGCCUGUUGGUCAAUCGGACCGGCUGGACCAACUGGCCUGUUGGUCAAUUGGACCGGCUGGACCAACUGGCCUGUUGGUCAAUUGGACCGGCUGGACCAACUGGCCUGUUGGUCAAUUGGACCGGUUGGACCAACUGGCCUGUUGGUCAAUCGGACCGGCUGGACCAACUGGCCUGUUGGUCAAUUGGACCGGCUGGACCAACUGGCCUGUUGGUCAAUUGGACCGGCUGGACCAACUGGCCUGUUGGUCAAUUGGACCGGUUGGACCAACUGGACUGUUGGUCAAUCGGACCGGCUGGACCAACUGGCCUGUUGGUCAAUUGGACCGGCUGGACCAACUGGCCUGUUGGUCAAUUGGACCGGCUGGACCAACUGGCCUGUUGGUCAAUUGGACCGGCUGGACCAACUGGACUGUUGGUCAAUUGGACCGGCUGGACCAACUGGACUGUUGGUCAAUUGGACCGGCUGGACCAACUGGCCUGUUGGUCAAUUGGACCGGCUGGACCAACUGGACUGUUGGUCAAUUGGACCGGCUGGACCAACUGGCCUGUUGGUCAAUUGGACCGGCUGGACCAACUGGCCUGUUGGUCAAUUGGACCGGCUGGACCAACUGGCCUGUUGGUCAAUUGGACCGGUUGGACCAACUGGCCUGUUGGUCAAUCGGACCGGCUGGACCAACUGGCCUGUUGGUCAAUUGGACCGGCUGGACCAACUGGCCUGUUGGUCAAUUGGACCGGUUGGACCAACUGGACUGUUGGUCAAUUGGACCGGCUGGACCAACUGGCCUGUUGGUCAAUUGGACCGGCUGGACCAACUGGACUGUUGGUCAAUUGGACCGGCUGGACCAACUGGACUGUUGGUCAAUUGGACCGGCUGGACCAACUGGACUGUUGGUCAAUUGGACCGGCUGGACCAACUGGCCUGUUGGUCAAUUGGACCGGCUGGACCAACUGGACUGUUGGUCAAUCGGACCGGCUGGACCAACUGGCCUGUUGGUCAAUUGGACCGGCUGGACCAACUGGCCUGUUGGUCAAUUGGACCGGUUGGACCAACUGGACUGUUGGUCAAUUGGACCGGCUGGACCAACUGGCCUGUUGGUCAAUUGGACCGGCUGGACCAACUGGCCUGUUGGUCAAUUGGACCGGCUGGACCAACUGGACUGUUGGUCAAUUGGACCGGCUGGACCAACUGGCCUGUUGGUCAAUUGGACCGGUUGGACCAACUGGACUGUUGGUCAAUCGGACCGGCUGGACCAACUGGCCUGUUGGUCAAAUGGACCGGCUGGACCAACUGGCCUGUUGGUCAAUUGGACCGGCUGGACCAACUGGACUGUUGGUCAAUUGGACCGGCUGGACCAACUGGACUGUUGGUCAAUUGGACCGGUUGGACCAACUGGACUGUUGGUCAAUUGGACCGGCUGGACCAACUGGCCUGUUGGUCAAUUGGACCGGCUGGACCAACUGGCCUGUUGGUCAAUUGGACCGGCUGGACCAACUGGCCUGUUGGUCAAUUGGACCGGUUGGACCAACUGGCCUGUUGGUCAAUUGGACCGGCUGGACCAACUGGCCUGUUGGUCAAUCGGACCGGCUGGACCAACUGGCCUGUUGGUCAAUUGGACCGGCUGGACCAACUGGACUGUUGGUCAAUUGGACCGGCUGGACCAACUGGCCUGUUGGUCAAUUGGACCGGCUGGACCAACUGGCCUGUUGGUCAAUUGGACCGGUUGGACCAACUGGACUGUUGGUCAAUUGGACCGGCUGGACCAACUGGCCUGUUGGUCAAUUGGACCGGCUGGACCAACUGGCCUGUUGGUCAAUUGGACCGGCUGGACCAACUGGACUGUUGGUCAAUUGGACCGGCUGGACCAACUGGACUGUUGGUCAAUUGGACCGGCUGGACCAACUGGCCUGUUGGUCAAUUGGACCGGUUGGACCAACUGGCCUGUUGGUCAAUUGGACCGGCUGGACCAACUGGCCUGUUGGUCAAUUGGACCGGCUGGACCAACUGGCCUGUUGGUCAAUUGGACCGGUUGGACCAACUGGACUGUUGGUCAAUUGGACCGGCUGGACCAACUGGCCUGUUGGUCAAUUGGACCGGCUGGACCAACUGGACUGUUGGUCAAUUGGACCGGCUGGACCAACUGGCCUGUUGGUCAAUUGGACCGGCUGGACCAACUGGCCUGUUGGUCAAUUGGACCGGCUGGACCAACUGGCCUGUUGGUCAAUUGGACCGGUUGGACCAACUGGCCUGUUGGUCAAUGGACCGGCUGGACCAACUGGCCUGUUGGUCAAUUGGACCGGCUGGACCAACUGGCCUGUUGGUCAAUUGGACCGGCUGGACCAACUGGACUGUUGGUCAAUUGGACCGGCUGGACCAACUGGCCUGUUGGUCAAUUGGACCGGUUGGACCAACUGGACUGUUGGUCAAUUGGACCGGCUGGACCAACUGGCCUGUUGGUCAAUUGGACCGGCUGGACCAACUGGCCUGUUGGUCAAUUGGACCGGCUGGACCAACUGGCCUGUUGGUCAAAUGGACCGGUUGGACCAACUGGCCUGUUGGUCAAAUGGACCGGCUGGACCAACUGGCCUGUUGGUCAAUUGGACCGGCUGGACCAACUGGACUGUUGGUCAAUUGGACCGGCUGGACCAACUGGACUGUUGGUCAAUUGGACCGGCUGGACCAACUGGCCUGUUGGUCAAUUGGACCGGCUGGACCAACUGGACUGUUGGUCAAUUGGACCGGCUGGACCAACUGGCCUGUUGGUCAAUUGGACCGGCUGGACCAACUGGCCUGUUGGUCAAUUGGACCGGUUGGACCAACUGGACUGUUGGUCAAUCGGACCGGCUGGACCAACUGGCCUGUUGGUCAAUUGGACCGGCUGGACCAACUGGCCUGUUGGUCAAUUGGACCGGUUGGACCAACUGGACUGUUGGUCAAUCGGACCGGCUGGACCAACUGGCCUGUUGGUCAAUUGGACCGGCUGGACCAACUGGCCUGUUGGUCAAUUGGACCGGUUGGACCAACUGGACUGUUGGUCAAUUGGACCGGCUGGACCAACUGGCCUGUUGGUCAAUUGGACCGGCUGGACCAACUGGACUGUUGGUCAAUUGGACCGGCUGGACCAACUGGACUGUUGGUCAAUUGGACCGGCUGGACCAACUGGCCUGUUGGUCAAUUGGACCGGCUGGACCAACUGGCCUGUUGGUCAAUUGGACCGGCUGGACCAACUGGCCUGUUGGUCAAUUGGACCGGCUGGACCAACUGGCCUGUUGGUCAAUUGGACCGGCUGGACCAACUGGCCUGUUGGUCAAUCGGACCGGCUGGACCAACUGGACUGUUGGUCAAUUGGACCGGCUGGACCAACUGGCCUGUUGGUCAAUUGGACCGGCUGGACCAACUGGCCUGUUGGUCAAUUGGACCGGUUGGACCAACUGGACUGUUGGUCAAUUGGACCGGCUGGACCAACUGGCCUGUUGGUCAAUUGGACCGGCUGGACCAACUGGCCUGUUGGUCAAUUGGACCGGUUGGACCAACUGGACUGUUGGUCAAUUGGACCGGCUGGACCAACUGGCCUGUUGGUCAAUUGGACCGGCUGGACCAACUGGCCUGUUGGUCAAUUGGACCGGCUGGACCAACUGGACUGUUGGUCAAUUGGACCGGCUGGACCAACUGGCCUGUUGGUCAAAUGGACCGGCUGGACCAACUGGCCUGUUGGUCAAUUGGACCGGCUGGACCAACUGGCCUGUUGGUCAAUUGGACCGGUUGGACCAACUGGACUGUUGGUCAAUUGGACCGGCUGGACCAACUGGCCUGUUGGUCAAUUGGACCGGCUGGACCAACUGGACUGUUGGUCAAUUGGACCGGCUGGACCAACUGGACUGUUGGUCAAUUGGACCGGCUGGACCAACUGGCCUGUUGGUCAAAUGGACCGGCUGGACCAACUGGCCUGUUGGUCAAUUGGACCGGCUGGACCAACUGGCCUGUUGGUCAAUUGGACCGGUUGGACCAACUGGCCUGUUGGUCAAUUGGACCGGCUGGACCAACUGGCCUGUUGGUCAAUCGGACCGGCUGGACCAACUGGACUGUUGGUCAAUUGGACCGGCUGGACCAACUGGCCUGUUGGUCAAUGGACCGGCUGGACCAACUGGACUGUUGGUCAAUUGGACCGGCUGGACCAACUGGACUGUUGGUCAAUCGGACCGGCUGGACCAACUGGCCUGUUGGUCAAUUGGACCGGCUGGACCAACUGGCCUGUUGGUCAAUUGGACCGGUUGGACCAACUGGACUGUUGGUCAAUCGGACCGGCUGGACCAACUGGCCUGUUGGUCAAUUGGACCGGCUGGACCAACUGGCCUGUUGGUCAAUUGGACCGGUUGGACCAACUGGACUGUUGGUCAAUUGGACCGGCUGGACCAACUGGCCUGUUGGUCAAUUGGACCGGCUGGACCAACUGGACUGUUGGUCAAUUGGACCGGCUGGACCAACUGGACUGUUGGUCAAUUGGACCGGCUGGACCAACUGGACUGUUGGUCAAUUGGACCGGCUGGACCAACUGGCCUGUUGGUCAAUUGGACCGGUUGGACCAACUGGACUGUUGGUCAAUCGGACCGGCUGGACCAACUGGCCUGUUGGUCAAAUGGACCGGCUGGACCAACUGGCCUGUUGGUCAAUUGGACCGGCUGGACCAACUGGACUGUUGGUCAAUUGGACCGGCUGGACCAACUGGACUGUUGGUCAAUUGGACCGGUUGGACCAACUGGACUGUUGGUCAAUUGGACCGGCUGGACCAACUGGACUGUUGGUCAAUUGGACCGGCUGGACCAACUGGCCUGUUGGUCAAUUGGACCGGCUGGACCAACUGGCCUGUUGGUCAAUUGGACCGGUUGGACCAACUGGCCUGUUGGUCAAUUGGACCGGCUGGACCAACUGGCCUGUUGGUCAAUCGGACCGGCUGGACCAACUGGACUGUUGGUCAAUUGGACCGGCUGGACCAACUGGCCUGUUGGUCAAUUGGACCGGUUGGACCAACUGGACUGUUGGUCAAUCGGACCGGUUGGACCAACUGGACUGUUGGUCAAUCGGACCGGCUGGACCAACUGGCCUGUUGGUCAAUUGGACCGGCUGGACCAACUGGCCUGUUGGUCAAUUGGACCGGUUGGACCAACUGGACUGUUGGUCAAUUGGACCGGCUGGACCAACUGGCCUGUUGGUCAAUUGGACCGGCUGGACCAACUGGCCUGUUGGUCAAUUGGACCGGUUGGACCAACUGGCCUGUUGGUCAAUCGGACCGGCUGGACCAACUGGCCUGUUGGUCAAUUGGACCGGCUGGACCAACUGGCCUGUUGGUCAAUUGGACCGGUUGGACCAACUGGACUGUUGGUCAAUUGGACCGGCUGGACCAACUGGCCUGUUGGUCAAUUGGACCGGCUGGACCAACUGGACUGUUGGUCAAUUGGACCGGCUGGACCAACUGGCCUGUUGGUCAAUCGGACCGGCUGGACCAACUGGCCUGUUGGUCAAUUGGACCGGCUGGACCAACUGGCCUGUUGGUCAAUUGGACCGGCUGGACCAACUGGCCUGUUGGUCAAUCGGACCGGCUGGACCAACUGGCCUGUUGGUCAAUUGGACCGGCUGGACCAACUGGCCUGUUGGUCAAUUGGACCGGUUGGACCAACUGGCCUGUUGGUCAAUUGGACCGGCUGGACCAACUGGCCUGUUGGUCAAUUGGACCGGUUGGACCAACUGGCCUGUUGGUCAAUUGGACCGGUUGGACCAACUGGACUGUUGGUCAAUCGGACCGGCUGGACCAACUGGCCUGUUGGUCAAUCGGACCGGCUGGACCAACUGGCCUGUUGGUCAAUUGGACCGGCUGGACCAACUGGCCUGUUGGUCAAUCGGACCGGCUGGACCAACUGGCCUGUUGGUCAAUUGGACCGGCUGGACCAACUGGCCUGUUGGUCAAUCGGACCGGCUGGACCAACUGGCCUGUUGGUCAAUUGGACCGGUUGGACCAACUGGACUGUUGGUCAAUCGGACCGGCUGGACCAACUGGACUGUUGGUCAAUUGGACCGGUUGGACCAACUGGCCUGUUGGUCAAUCGGACCGGCUGGACCAACUGGCCUGUUGGUCAAUCGGACCGGCUGGACCAACUGGACUGUUGGUCAAUUGGACCGGCUGGACCAACUGGACUGUUGGUCAAUUGGACCGGCUGGACCAACUGGCCUGUUGGUCAAUUGGACCGGUUGGACCAACUGGACUGUUGGUCAAUCGGACCGGCUGGACCAACUGGCCUGUUGGUCAAUUGGACCGGCUGGACCAACUGGCCUGUUGGUCAAUUGGACCGGUUGGACCAACUGGACUGUUGGUCAAUUGGACCGGCUGGACCAACUGGCCUGUUGGUCAAUUGGACCGGCUGGACCAACUGGCCUGUUGGUCAAUUGGACCGGUUGGACCAACUGGACUGUUGGUCAAUCGGACCGGCUGGACCAACUGGACUGUUGGUCAAUUGGACCGGUUGGACCAACUGGCCUGUUGGUCAAUUGGACCGGCUGGACCAACUGGACUGUUGGUCAAUUGGACCGGCUGGACCAACUGGCCUGUUGGUCAAUCGGACCGGCUGGACCAACUGGCCUGUUGGUCAAUUGGACCGGCUGGACCAACUGGCCUGUUGGUCAAAUGGACCGGCUUGA